GGCAACCAGGCAGCCAAUCUGUCAAGUCCAAUAGAAUAUCGGCAGCAGGGGCUAAAUGUUCUUUUAUUUUGCUCCCCAGAAAACACCUUGCUUCCAGUUGUUUAUGCUCGCACUCAAUCAAAAAAGAGAUUUUGGCGAUUUUGGCACCGCUCCUCGGGUCUUUUGCCGUUUUCUGACAGACACCCUGAACAAAAAGACGGACGGGACAGACGAGGAGCAGGACCAGACAGAAGGACCAAAAGAAGAGAGAGAUAACAGUCUCCAUGUUCCAGCUGCCCAUCUUGAAUUUCAGCCCCCAGCAGGUCGCGGGGGUAUGCGAGACGCUCGAGGAGAGCGGCGACGUGGAGAGGCUCGGUCGCUUCCUCUGGUCACUCCCGGUGGCGCCGUCCGCCUGCGAAGUCCUCGGGAAGAACGAGUCUGUCCUGCGCGCGCGCGCUGUCGUGGCCUUUCACGGAGGUAACUUCAGCGAGCUCUACCACAUACUAGAGAACCACAAAUUCACCAAGGACUCACACGCGAAGCUGCAGGCGCUCUGGCUCGAGGCGCACUACCAGGAGGCUGAGAAACUCCGUGGGCGUCCGUUAGGACCAGUGGACAAGUACCGCGUCCGAAAGAAGUUUCCACUGCCUCGGACGAUAUGGGACGGCGAACAGAAAACGCACUGCUUCAAGGAGAGGACGCGGCAUCGAUUGAGAGAUUGGUACCUGCAGGACCCUUACCCGAACCCGAGCAAAAAAAGAGAGCUGGCGCAGGCGACUGGACUCACGCCCACGCAAGUGGGCAACUGGUUCAAAAACCGAAGGCAGAGAGACCGCGCUGCAGCAGCCAAGAACAGGCUACAGCAGCAGGUUAUGUCCGUUGGCUCAGACCGAUCGCUGGGGGACAAUGACACCACAGUAGACCGACUGGAUCCUGCCUCAAGCCCAGAUGUCAGUCUCUCGAGCAAGGCCGCCAUCUCCGUCACCUCCAGCGACAGUGAAUGUGACGUCUAACGUGACAGGCUUCAAAAAAGGAAAACAGGAGAACUGUAGAUACAAUCUAACAACAACGACAAAAACUUGAGUGCCUGCAACCGGCCAGAGAGAGGCUAAAAUGAAGGAUGGAAAAAAGUCACACAACUUCAUUUUCCAUUCGUUGAUGUGAUCAACAAACAGGCGCAGUACUUCUCACGAAGAGAGGUGGGAGUUAAAAAAAAAAAAAUUCAAUGUAUGUGGGCCGAACCUGGUAGGCUAUUGUAUGUGUGCGUGCUUUAUCAUGAAAGACUGAAUAAUAUGUUAAUGUUCACGUGUCUUUUUUAAUAUAUAAAUAUGUUUAUUUACUUAUUUAAAUAUCAUUGUCCACUAGGCCUUAUAUUUGUGUGCUUUUUUAUUAUUAUUUUUGUUGUGCAUAUUGCUGCGCGUCGUGAAAUUUCUGGGGAAAAAUAACCAUGAUUAAAAAAAAUAAAAUCACUGUUAAACUGUUGAAGUAACGAUCGAAAAGUAAAAAGGGUAUUUUUUUUUAUUCCAGUGUUUCCGUUGUGAAGUUUGGCCAUGAAAUAUGUUUUAUUUCAUGUUUAUUUUUAUUGUAACCCAUGUCUACCCGAAAGUAAACAUAUGCUGUUCAAAAUGUUAUAUGCUGAAGAACAGAUUUAGAACAGACGGGGAUCAAAUAUGUUGCAUGUUUUAAUGCCUCUCUGCGAGCUCAAUCUCUCUCACACUCGAGCAGUAAUUGGCUAAAAUGCUUCGCGUGGUGUAAUGCGCUCUGACAGCACAGGGUCAGCGAAAGGCCGAGACGCUCUCCCGGAUGUCAGCACAGCCCAAGCUGUGAUCUGCUGUUUAAAUAGAAUGCACUAGUGGCCCAAGCAAGCUGCAGAAAAUGUGUUUGUCAAAGAUGCUUGGCAAUGCUGCUAAUUGCAAAAUAAUAAUAAUUUUACAAUGAUUUUCUUGUCAAUUCAUAGAUUGUUUAGUAUUAAUUUAAUAUGUAAUUCACAAGAUGGCUAUAAUUCAUACGUGGCUAAUCUAGUGGGUUAAUGCCUUGUGGCUUUAAAUAUUCGACUAUUAUGCUAUGGUCACAACAAAGCAGUUUUUCUCCCUUAAGCAUAUCGUUUUUGUAAUUUCUCAUUUUCAAAACCAGUGAUUUGUUCACAUUUUCAAGAGCCAGAUAUUUAUUUUUAUUUUGAUAAAUAAUAAAUGUUUGUAAAUAUUUCAGAAUAGCUUAAAAGUGGUCACGCUCUUCUUAGCGUUCAAAUUUACAAAAGGUUUUUAUGUCGCAAAUGAGUGAAGGACCAGGCGCAAAAACACAGAGCUUCUGUUUCCCAACUGCCUGCAGGGUUCAGGUCGCGCACCUGGGUACGCUCUCAAUAAAAAGUACAAGUAUUUUUCUAUUUUCUUUCAGCCUGAACAACGGCGGGGGCAAACCAAGUGUUCCUUCCGAGAAAAAGGAGAAAAUAUGAGCCAAAGCAAGGGAAAGGAAGAGAGCACGGCUUUAUUUAAACACUGGAUAGAGGAUGGUGAAAAAUUUCCGUUUCUUUUGAGCUCUGGGGAGUGCAGGAUGGGACGAUUAAAAAGUCUUUUUAGCAGUCAAUAAGGUUGUCAAAUUGGUCAACGGUAAUCAGCACUAAUGACGAGUUGGAGAGGGCCGAGCUAACAAAGAAGCACCCCGCCUCCCCCUCCCCAAAGCCUAAGCAUGAAUACCCACCUCCCUGGUUGCCAGACUUAUACAGAAACCCUGACUUUUUUAAUUUGCUUGAGUCAGUGUGUGACGUUCUGGGAUGUUUAUUUGAGGAGUUCUCUGUCUAAAAGUGUGGGCCUAAAAUAAUAACAAUAAGACAAUAAUAAACCUAAAUUUUACAUCAUAAAUAGACAUAGAUUUAUUUAUUUUGAUGAACAAAGAGCAUGAAAAGUUACUCGGGAACUGAACAAAGAAUAGGUUUAUCCUUUGGCAAGUGGAGAGAAAAUGCUUAAAAUAAGUCUUAAAUUAUAUUAUUUUACUAAACGUUUAAUUAAGUGUUUGGUGAAAGCCAUGGGCCGAGAAAAUGAUGUGUUAUAUACACAUAUUCAUGUGUGCUUUUAAAGGCAAAUGUGCAGUGAAAUGUGGUACUUUUAUAUGGUAUGGGUUAAUCAUAAUAUGAAUGAAUUGCUCCUUCGUGUAUUCUCAUUUGUAAGUCAUACAGGAUAAAAGCGUCUGCUAAACGAAUAAAUAUAAAACAAGCACAAUCUUUAAAACAUAUACGAAACUCUUCGAAAUGUAUAUGGUUCGUAUGUUUUCGUAUUUUUGUCUUUGUCAUAAAUACAUGCAUAGAAUGUAUCUUAUAUACACCUUUACUUUCCCUUUUUAUAUUUUAUUAUUAGCCUUUUGGCUGCGCCCUCUGGUGGCCAAAUGUGGUAGGGCUAUGGCAUGACUUCCAGCUGCUCAGUGGCCUUUUAAGCCAUGAUUUGUCUACAUCAUCAUACUAAAACAGAAACCACGAAUCAAAAAUCUUGGCACUGUAAAACUGUAAUAAACUAUAAAUGUGUGUGAGUAAGUUAUGGUUAAAGUGUGCACGGAGGAGCUGCCUCUGCGCUGGUCUAGCUAUACAGACAGAUUAAAAUCGUGGUCUGAACUUACAGUAUCAGACUCUGGAUGUGUCUGAAAUCUUCACACAAAUAAAUGUUCUUCUUUUUAAUUCAUUAACAAAAUCGCACUCAGUGAAAGAGGCGCCAUUCAGCACCGUGGACAGCUACACGACAGGAACGAUCUUCUCGACCACAAUUAACACUUUUCUAGCCUUAAGCCUUGCGUUGUAUAUACUCAUUUAAACCACUAUUAAUCAAAUUAAAACAACCUUUUGUCAUAUUUUAAGCUAUUCUAAGCAAAAUUGUAAGACUAAAUCUGUUAAAAAUCUGUAAAAAAAUAAAUAAAAAUACAAUUCUGUCAUAGUGUUGGGCGAUAGUCUAUUUAUGCUCCAUACUACUCAAAUCGUCCUACUGACGGUAGCCUGUGAGAUUGGCGAUUCAAGAUAGCGUCCUAAUGUAUUUAAUUAAUUACUUGUAGCUUUGGAUAAAAGCGUUUGCCAAAUGUAAAUACGUUUUUCCACGUCACACAAUGUUCCUGAAUAUUUCAUAAUUAUAGGUCUAUUCAUUUAAGGUUCUUAAGUGCCCUACAGCAAA